UUUGUGGAGUUUAUAACGAAUGUAGAUAGUCCAUGUAAUUAUUUUAUUUCAAAAAAGAUUAUGGACAUGUUUUUGUAUCUAUACAUGCUGAUAGAGGUUAAAGUACUAAAAUGCCAUUUUCCACGUGUUGAUUGUAAUACAUGAUUAAAGAGAGGAUUUUAGUCAUCAUUUACGUCAAUGCAAUGAAUUAAUAAAUAAAUAAAAUAUAAGAUAAUGGAUAACUGUGCAGUUUGCGGUGGUCAAGAUUUUUAUCUUGAUUCAGGGUUCUAUUUCUGCAAAGAAUGUCAAACACAACAAGAGGGAGUUAGAGAACAAGUUGUUGACUAUAAUCCAACAGAACAUGGAACAAGGCUAAUUAAGACACGAAUUCGUAAAAAGCAAGCGGCUCAAGAAGAAGUUUCCGGUUGGACUACUUGGGAAAAGUAUAAUUUCAUUAUAAUCGGAUUAGCUAACCAGUUAAUUGAUCUAGGAGUUUCAUCAGAUAUCAAAUUAACAUUAUUACAACUUUGGGCCACUUAUUUAGGAAAAUUAGAAGUUGCAUUUAAAUCUACAACAACCAAAACUCUUCCCAAGCUUCCAAGAUGUUAUGAUCAAAAAGAUGUUCAGAUCAUCUAUGGCACGGAUGGUAAACCUAAGAAAAAGAAAAAAAUUAAAAAAACUGAUGGAAGCAGUGUAGCUGGUACAUCUAUGAUAUCUGAGAGCAAUGUUAGUAGAUUCAGUUUGAAUAGAGAAUUCAACAAGAAAAAGACAUUAAUGAUGAAAUCAGAAUAUAGAAAAUACUUGGAAUCCCAAGAUGCUUCAGAAGUAGAUCGUUUGAGUGAAUCUAAUGCAAGUCAUUCCAGUGUUCAAACAAAUGCUAGUGAUAAAUCGGGAAGACCAAAAAAAAAAAUACGCAAAUCUAUUCGUUGGCUCAAUAAAAAUGCUCAAGAAGAAGCUAAACAAGCCAAGGUAUUAUCCAAAUCUUUACCGAGAAAUGAAAAGAGAAAAUUUCAAGACAAAUAUGCAUCAGCUAAGUAUAAAACUGGGCCGGGAGUUAUAACUGCAAAAAGACUAUGGGCAAUAGUUUAUUUAGCUCUACGAAUUAAUAAUGAAAAAUUACAUUUAUCAGACCUCCUAAGGUAUUCAAGAGAAGGUCACUUAUCUUACUUUAGACUAGAACAUUUUUUCCCUCCUGACGUUACGUUGUCUACUAGCGAAUUAAGUAAAAUUCAUCCUACUGCUGAUUUAGGAUACAGAACUAUGAGAGCUAUAAUUAAUCGAAUGGCGAAAUUUCUCCAAGUGUGGGAAUUACCACCUACUGAUUUAGCUUCAUUACUACGUAAAUUUUGUACAGAAUUGCAACUACCUGAGGGUAUUUAUUUAUAUGCGGAAAGAUUGUUAGCUUCAUCACCACCAGGCAUGAACUUUUCCGGAAGGACUGUAUUCUUCCCUAAUUACGAAGGCAGAGUGAUGGCUAUUAUUAUUGUCGUUAUGAAAAUACUAUUCGGCUUGGAUGGUAUAACCGAAUAUAAAAUUAGCCGAGUGAUUGAGAGGAUAAAUAUGGUUACUAAAGAAAAAGAUUCACUUGACUCAAGACUCUUCAACUUUUGCGAAUGGCAGCGAUACAUCGAGUGUCGACGUUGCAUCCUCGUAAAUGAGCAUCUUCCAACAAAACUGAAACGUGACCCAUCUGCUUCAGAGAACAGUCACCUUUAUAUUGAAUUUAUUCAGUCGCUCGAGUCUAAACAAGAAAUUGAUGAAAGUGAGAAAAAGUAUAGCCAGGGUUAUAUUCCUACGCAAUUAGCAAGAACAAUGAAACAAGAAAUAGAACGACUUCAAAUAAAUGACUUACCACGAAAAGAAAUCCCAUCUUUUCCACCAUCUUUAACACCUCAACACUCUUAUCUCCAACAGCUGCUUCAAGAUCCUAACAGAGCUCUGCCCAGUAUUCUUCGUCAGGAUUUUCCCUCGACCAAAGUUGGUUAUAUAACAAGACCUGAAUCAUUGGUGGCACUUGCAGCUGAAUCUAAUAUAGAGUUAAAUUAUGUAGAUAUAUCACCACAUUUUGUGGAAAAAGUUGUACCGAUUUUCAAACCACUUCUUUUACCUGAUAUUAAAAAUCAACGAGCUAACAAUAUCAACAACGAACCAAUAAAAGUUGUAACACCUUCUACAGAUAGUAAAGCAAAUUCAUUGAAGUUCGUAAAGUCAGAUGACCCAUCAGAGUAUCUGCAUCGCAAGCAUCCAGGCCAGAUUUUUAUUGAUUCUAAAAAGCAAAGAUUAUUCAAAAAAAUGCAAAUAUUGGAAAAAAAUAAUAAGAAAUAUGAGGACGUUGAAGUAGACGAUUUUGAAUUUGAUCAAGUUAAUCCUGAUGGGAAAUUGAAGAUUCCUAAUGAUGAAGAUGACAUUGGAGAAGAGGAAUCAACAAAUGCAGAAAAAGCAAAAUUAACUGAUCUAGAAAAAAAUUAUAAGUUGAUACUUUCUAACUUCGAGAAGCAAAUCAUGUUAGGUCCUGUAGAAAAUCCGUGGGAAGAAGAAAGAAAAUUCUGGCAUCAAGAAAGGCUUAGAGGAAGGUAUGUUAAAAAAAGUAAAAUUGUUAAAAAUAAAACUGAAAAUAUGACCAAGAAGAAAGAAGUUGAUGAAAUUAAGAUAGAGGAUAAUAAUACUUCAAAUGGAGAUACCAUGGAAGUGGUAGAAGAGGCUUCUGAUAGUAAUCCUGUGGCCAGUGACUCAGACGAGCUAUUGAUUUUAGCAGAAAAUAUAAAACCAAAACAAAACACCUCGAACAACUCGACUUUGGAGCAUGAACAAAUGACAUUCUUUCGACCAUUUAAGGAAUACUGGUUACGUCGUUGUCAACAUUUUUCUCACAUUUUUCCUCAGCAUUUUCGUCUGCUUGAAAGAAAUCUACCAGUAAACUUUCGUUGGUUACUGCACGAGUGUGCGCAUGUUAUUGAAAUGACUGUUGAAGGAUUGUAUGAAGAGGUGUGUUUAGUAGAAAGUUAUUUCGGUUAUGUGUUUCCCAAAAACAAUGAUUUAGAAAAAUGUAAAAAAUAUAAAACUGAGAACUAUCGAUCUGAGGCUUAUCGAAGUUCUAUCAGAAAUAAAUGGAAUACGUGAUAAAUUGUAUUCAUGCUCAAAAUAAAUAUUGAAAUUCAUCGAUAGACUGUUUUAAAAUCCUAAA